UUCUGUCGUCGCCUUCCUCGAGGUCGAUUUAACCUCUUCCAGUUGAUCGCUGCUAAAACGGUAACUACUUCGCUUCAUGCCUUCCGUUUCUCGCCGCUCCGCCUCCGAUCCGUAGCGCCGGAUCUGGGAUCUCGAUCUUUUCCGCCCCCUCCACCGCCGCCGCAGCCGCCACCGCCGCCGCCGCCAUGGAUCUCGGCUCCGCCCCCCGCACUGUCGAGGACAUCUUCAAGGACUACAGCGGCCGCCGCGCCGGUAUCGUCCGAGCUCUGACCCACGAUGUCGACGAGUUCUACGCCCAAUGCGAUCCUGAUAGGGAGAAUUUGUGCCUGUACGGGCAUUCCAACGACUCGUGGGAGGUGAACCUCCCGGCGGAAGAGGUCCCUCCGGAGCUUCCGGAGCCGGCUCUCGGCAUCAACUUCGCUAGGGACGGGAUGGAGCGUAGGGACUGGCUCUCGCUCAUCGCCCUGCACAGCGAUUCCUGGCUCUUGUCUGUUGCCUUCUAUCUUGGGGCGCGCCUCAACCGGAACGAUAGGAAACGCUUGUUCAGCAUGAUCAAUGAACAUCCGACUGUCUUCGAAGUGGUGUCCGACAGGCGGCAAUCAAGAGAAAAGUCUGGUAUUGACAGUGGUAGUAAAUCUAAACUCUCAAAGAGAUCGAGUGAUGGACCGAUAAAAAGCAACUCAAAGAUAGCUAAUGAGGGCAGCUACGAUGAAGAUGAUGAUGAACACAGCGAAACCCUUUGUGGUGCAUGUGGUGGAAGUUACAGUGCAGACGAGUUUUGGAUUGCAUGCGAUGUAUGUGAAAGGUGGUUUCAUGGCAAGUGUGUGAAGGUAACUCCUGCCAAAGCCGAGAGCAUAAAGCAAUACAAGUGCCCCCGUUGCAGUUCAAAGAAAGCAAGGCAGUGACAACUCGGAACCUUGCUCCUUGUGGAUUAUAGUUAGUCUUUCUUGCUAAUACUGAAUGGUACCAUGUUUGAUAAGUUACAUACUCACCAUCUGUAAUUUUAUAUAAGCUUUUGGCAACAUUCACAAAAUUUGGACAUUUUGUUUCUCGCUUUCUUGUUCUAAUUUCUUGUCUUCCUAGCUAAAA